AUGCACAGCCCGCGGGCUGCAGCACGACGACAUGUCAACCUUCGAGUUCACACGCCGGCCCGCCGUUGUUUGCAGACCAAGACGGUGACGGCCCAGGCCAUCAAGAAGCUCGUCGAUCGGCCUCUGCAUCCUCUCCAACUGUCCGAUCUCUGCAAAUAUGGCCGACCACCGCUCGAUGAGAAGGCGCUGAUUGACAGCGCCAACUUCACCCUCGAGCUCAUCCCCAUCCGCCUCGCCCGCCGCAUCCAGAGCCUUCGCGCGCUUCCGUAUAUUGUCGUCGCCAACCCGAACGUCAGCAAGAUCCACAGCAACUAUGUCCACUCGCUGUCGACGCUACUGCCAUACGCAGAGACGCGCAUCGAGAGUCUGGAGGAUGAGAUCCAGUUCACCGAAGUCAUGGCCGACUUGGUCCAGACGCACAACAACRCCAUAGCCGUCCUCGCACGCGGCUUCCUCGAGGCGAGGAAAUACAUCAGCAAGGARCAUAUUACACGAUUUCUUGACGAGCAUCUGAAAGCACGCAUCGGUACUCGCCUAAUCGCCGAGCAACACAUUGCCCUACACUUCAGUAGCAAGGCGCAUGGUCAUCUAGAGUAUCACCGGGACGAUGAGGACGACUCCUACAUUGGAGUCAUCGAUACCGCGCUGCGGCCCGCCGACAUCAUACGCAGCUGCGAGAAUACUGUCGGCGAGAUCUGCGAGCUCAAGUAUGGCGUACGGCCGACGGUACACAUUAUUGGCAGUCCGGAGACCACCAUCGCCCACAUUCCAAUGCACUUGGAGUACAUCAUUACCGAACUGCUCAAGAAUAGUUUCCGUGCGACCAUCGAGGCCGGGAUGGAGAGGGAGCCGAUCGAGAUCACUAUUGCUCCAACUCCCGCUGUCGAGGAGCAGACCGUACCGGCUGACCUCCAGCAGCAGCGCGUACCAAGUGGGGACCAAGGCGAAGUCAACGUGGAUGUGAGUGCUCGCGACCGGGGGAAGUUCGAAGACAUAUCUACCGCUCGCCAGCCUGACCUCGCCGCGGCCGCCCACAUUCGACCAUUGGAGACACAGACAUCCGGGGUAACGAUCCGCAUUCGCGAUCGUGGAGGCGGCAUCAAGCCAGAAGACUGUGCUAGCAUGUGGGAGUAUGGCUUUACGACCUUCAAUGAGGAUGAAAUACUUGACAAGGUCAGCGGAGGAGGUGGCGGCGAUAUCAGUAUGGCAGCUCUCGAUGGUAUCUCUGGCGGCGCCGGUGGAGGCAGCAGUCUGGCCGGACUGGGCUAUGGACUGCCACUUGCGAGAGCUUAUUCUCAGUACUUUGAUGGCGAGAUUGAGGUGCAGAGUAUGUGGGGCUGGGGAACAGAUGUUUAUCUCAGCCUAAGAGGUGUUGGCAAGAUGAAAUAA